CAGAUCAUCAGGUGGAUGGAGUGAAUCGGUUGUCGCAGCAACAGCGUCAACUGCACCCCCACCCCCCGCUAUAAUUUGCUUUCUGAUUCAGAACGACGGUCAAUUCCCGAUUACUUCCAGUUGUAUCUUCCCAAUCCGCGCGACGCUUAGCAGGAAGCGGCCAUCGAUAGUUUUCUAUUGACAAAUCGCAUCAGGAAAUAAGUGAAAGUCGAUGGUUGUCCGUUCUUUCUAUCUUUCAUCCGACUCCUUCCCGUUCUCAUAGAUAGCAUCCUAGCAAAUCCCCGAAGCUGACUGGAGAGUUAAAACGCUGAAAACGCGUAGCCUAAGCAACUACAAUUUUCUUUCGUUCGAAUUCAAUCGCUUUUUGUGCAAACAGUUUGACUAGCUACUCUCGUUCAACAUCAGUCGCGCGCUUUCGUAAUUCCUCUCCUCAACUGAAAUUUCCUGUUUUAAAUAUAGUUUAUCUGGAUUUUUUCGACUUUUUCCCCCACUGGCGUUGCCAACGCAACACAGAUAGCCUGUCUCUGAACGCAGUCGUUAUUCGAAAAAACCUCCUGUGACACAGACACAUCGGUCUACGCUUUCUCCCCUGUCUAGAUAGUCUCCAAGACCGACAACAUGUUGGACCCAUCUUCCAGUGAGGAGGAAGCGGAUGAGAUAGUGGAAGAAGAAGGCAAAGAGGUGAUGGCACCAAAGACCGGGGGAGCACGGGUGUCACCCAGCCGGACCACCGAGAGUUCUGGUGGGCUCCAGCCCUCGAGCCGGGGAAGCAGCGCUUGUCCGUCCAGCCCCAGCCCCUCGGCGGCCAGCGAGAAGGAGAAAGAUGAUCUGGAAAAGAUGCAGAGGGAGGAGGAAGAGCGAAAGAAGAGGCUCCAGCUCUAUGUCUUUGUGAUGCGCUGCAUUGCCUACCCUUUUAAUGCCAAGCAACCCACCGACAUGGCCAGACGACAACAGAAGAUCAGUAAGCAGCAGUUACAGACAGUGAAGGAGCGUUUCCAGGCUUUCCUCAGUGGUGACACCCAGAUAGUGGCAGACGAGGCCUUCAUCAAUGCAGUCCAGAGCUACUAUGAUAUAUUCCUGAAGAGUGACCGUGUGUCCCGGAUGGUCCAGAGCGGAGGCUGCUCGGCCAGUGACUCGCGGGAGGUUUUCAAGAAGCACAUUGAGAAGCGUGUCCGUAGCCUGCCGGAGAUCGACGGCCUAAGUAAGGAGACAGUGCUCAGCUCCUGGAUGGCCAAGUUUGACACAAUCUACCGCGGAGAGGAUGACCCCAGGAAGCACCAGCAGCGGAUGACGGCCAGUGCAGCCUCAGAGCUCAUCCUCAGUAAGGACCAGCUCUACGAGAUGUUCCAGUCCAUCCUGGGCAUCAAGAAGUUUGAGCACCAGCUCCUCUACAAUGCCUGCCAGCUUGAUAACCCAGACGAGCAGGCUGCACAGAUCAGGAGAGAACUGGAUGGACGACUGCAGAUGGCUGAUCAGAUCGCCAGGGGCGGCAAGUUUCCCAAGUUUGUGUCCAAAGAGAUGGAGGCCAUGUUCAUAGAGGAGCUGAGAUCCUCAGUGAACCUGCUGAUGGCUAACCUGGAGAGCAUGCCGGUGUCCAAGGGAGGAGAGUUCAAACUGCAGAAGCUCAAACGAGGGCACAACACCUCCAUCAUAGACAUGGGCCAGGAGGACGAGAACACGCUGUCCAAGUCUGAUGUGGUGCUCUCCUUCACUCUGGAGGUGGUGAUUGUGGAGGUUCAGGGGUUAAAGUCGCUGGCGCCCAAUCGGAUCGUCUACUGCACCAUGGAGGUGGAGGGGGGGCAUAAGCUCCAGACUGACCAGGCCGAGGCCUCCAAACCAACCUGGGGGACCCAGGGGGACUUCACCACCACACACCCCCUGCCUGCUGUCAAGGUGAAGUUGUUCACUGAGAGCACAGGAGUCCUGGCCCUGGAGGACAAAGAGCUUGGCAGGGUGGUACUCCAUCCGACCCCUAACAGUCCCAAACAGUCAGAACUACACAAGAUGUCCGUGUCCAAAGGCUGCCCUGACAGUGACCUAAAGAUCAAACUGGCCAUCCGCAUGGACAAACCACAAAACAUGAAGCACUGUGGGUACCUAUGGGCUAUUGGUAAAAAUGUGUGGAAGAGAUGGAAGAAGAGAUUCUUUGUCUUGGUGCAGGUGAGCCAGUACACCUUUGCCAUGUGCAGCUACAGAGAGAAGAAAGCAGAGCCUGUGGAGCUGCUCCAACUGGACGGCUACACUGUAGACUACACCGACCCUCAGCCAGGUCUUGACGGUGGGAGGACCUUCUUCAACGCAGUAAAGGAAGGUGACACUGUGAUCUUUGCCAGUGAUGACGAGCAGGACCGCAUCCUGUGGGUCCAGGCUAUGUACCGGGCCACGGGCCAGUCCCACAAGCCCAUCCCCCCCACCCAGGUCCAGAAACUCAACAACAGAGCAGGCUCUGCACCUCAGCUAGACGCACCCAUCUCCCAGUUCUACGCGGACCGGGCACAGAAACAUGGCAUGGAUGAGUUCAUCUCAGCCAACCCCUGCAGCUUUGACCACUCCUCUCUGUUUGAGAUGGUGCAGCGCCUCACCCUGGACCACAGACUCAAUGACUCCUACUCCUGUUUGGGUUGGUUCAGUCCAGGCCAGGUGUUUGUCAUGGAUGAGUACUGUGCUCGUAAUGGUGUGCGGGGGUGUCACAGACACCUGUGUUACCUGGGUGACCUGCUGGAGAGGGCAGAGAACGGGGCUAUGAUCGACCCCACCCUGCUGCACUACAGCUUUGCCUUCUGUGCCUCACACGUCCAUGGCAACAGGCCUGACGGGAUAGGAACAGUCACUGUGGAGGAGAAGGAGCGCUUUGAGGAUAUCAAAGAGAGGCUGCGUGUUCUGCUGGAGAACCAGAUCACACACUUCAGGUACUGUUUUCCAUUUGGUCGACCGGAGGGGGCCCUGAAAGCCACUCUGUCCCUGCUUGAGAGGGUGCUGAUGAAGGAUAUUGUGACUCCUGUGCCCCAGGAGGAGGUGAAGACAGUCAUCCGUAAAUGUCUGGAGCAGGCAGCCUUGAUCAACUACCAGCGCCUCUCAGAAUACGCCAAAGUAGAAGGGAAAAAGAGAGAAAUGUAUGAGCAUCCUGUCUUCUGCUUGGCGUCUCAAGUGAUGGAUUUAACCAUUCCGGAGAAAACUCAGAAAGAUAAGAAAGAUCAUCAGGAUCAGGAUCCAGAGAAUGUAGGGCGCUUAGUCACCCCAGCCAAAAAGCUGGAGGACACCAUCCGCCUGGCCGAAUUGGUCAUCGAGGUCCUCCAACAGAAUGAGGAGCACCAUGCAGAGGCGUUUGCGUGGUGGUCUGACCUGAUGGUGGAGCACGCGGAGACCUUCCUGUCUCUGUAUGCGGUGGACAUGGACGCUGCUCUAGAGGUGCAGCCCCCUGACAGCUGGGACAGCUUCCCUCUCUUCCAGCUCCUCAACGACUUCCUGAGGACCGACUAUAACCUGUGCAACGGGCAGUUCCACAGACACCUGCAGGACCUGUACGCCCCCCUUGUGGUGCGAUAUGUGGACCUCAUGGAGUCAUCUAUCGCCCAGUCCAUCCACAGGGGCUUCGAGAGAGAGUCCUGGGAGCCUGUCAAGAGCCUAACAAGUAAUCUUCCUGAUUUGAGUCUACCAAAUGUCAAGCUCCAAAUGCCCAAAGUACCAAAUCUACCACCAGUUAGCCUUCUAACAAUGCCUAGCUUUUCUACACCCAACUGGAUGGCAGCUACAUGUGACUCGGAUAAUGGCUCGGGGACAUCCGAGGACCUGUUCUGGAAGCUGGAUGCGCUGCAGACCUUCAUCAGAGACCUGCACUGGCCUGAGGAGGAGUUUGGCAAACACCUGGAGAGCAGGCUCAAACUCAUGUCCAGCGACAUGAUUGAGUCCUGCGUCAAACGAACGAGGGUGGCCUUUGAGGCCAAGCUCCAGAAGAGCAGUCGGACCACAGACCUCCGCGUGCCUCAGUCCAUCUGCACCAUGUUCAACGUGAUGGUGGAUGCCAAGGCCCAGUCAGCCAAGCUGUGUGCCAUGGAGCUGGGACAGGAGAGACAGUACCAUUCCCAAAUUGACGCUCUCAUAGAGGAGACUGUGAAGGAGAUGAUCACCUUACUGGUAGCAAAGUUUGUGGUCAUUCUAGAGAGUGUCCUAGCCAAACUGUCCAGAUACGACGAGGGCACUCUCUUCUCCUCCUUCCUCUCUUUCACAGUGAAAGCUGCAUCAAAGUAUGUGGAUGUACCUAAGCCUGGGAUGGACAUUGCAGACGGUUACGUGACCUUUGUGCGCCAUUCUCAGGACAUGCUGCGGGAUAAGGUCAAUGAGGAGGUGUACAUAGAAAGGUUAUUUGCCCAAUGGUACACCAGCACCAUGAACCUCCUGGGUAUGUGGCUGACUGACCGAAUGGACCUACAGCUCCAUGUCUACCAACUCAAGAUCCUCAUCAGAGUAGUCAAGAAAAAGUACCGUGACUUCCGGCUGCAGGGCGUCCUGGACUCCACACUAAACAGUAAGAUGUAUGACACGGUGCGGAACAGACUGACCCUGGAGGAGGCAACGGCGUCGGUGAGGGAAGGAGGGAUGUCGGGCAUAUCUAUGAAGGACAGUGAUGAAGACGACGAUGAUGACUAGAUCAACAUCACCGGAUGGAGCCUGCAAAUCAAUGCAUGUAUCAACUUUGUUAACCACUGGACCAAUCUUAUAAGGUUAUUAUUUUUCACUGUCAGAUAGAUAGAAAUACCCACAAAGGAACAACAAUACAAAUUAGUAACUGAAUACAUAAAUUAUAAUUAUAUUAGUCAUUAUAAUUAUAAAAUAUAUAUAUUUAUGUGUUGAACUAAAAAGUAUAGGUGUUUUACAAAAAAAGUUAGCAUUUGCCUAGCAUUCACUCUUGAAUGUUCCUAAGCAAUAUGGAGAAGCAUGUAUGCGAUGUUGAGUACCAUGAUUAGGGAUAAUGCUUGGUGUGUACCUGUUGAAUGCAAACCUGUUGAGGCGCUUUGUUAACGUACUGUGAAUACAGUAAUGGUACAUCAUUGUGAGGAGGAGAGUAAGAUCACCUAUUGUUCUCAUUCAUCUCAGAGCGUAUGUCUACAGCCUAAAGGGAACCAAACUACAGACAGCCAGGCAACCUGUUUGUAGCUAGAUUACAAUACAUUAUAAAAAGUAGCUAUCCAUUCUCUCUCCUCUCUUAACAUCAAUGUAGAAUUUACUUUGUUGACUCAAUUCAAUACUCAAUACUACAACAUUUUCCCUCACUGGCAAAACAUUAAGCCACAUUUUUUUUUAAAUUAUGAGUUGUUUUAGAAAUGCAAUAUUUUAAUUGUUUCAUUGUUAUAUCUUGUUGAUGUAUUUAUUGAUAAUUUAUGUUUUUUAAAACAUAAUGUUUUUUAAAAAUAUGUUAUAUUUUAGUUAUAAUAGCAAUUAGCACAAAAAUAUUCAAUCACAAAGGGAAAAGAGACUUUCUUCUGUGUCCCCUAUACUUCCGCCAUUCCAGGUGAUUACGUGUUUCCACACUUUUAUAUCUUUAUUGUGUCUGCCAGUAUUUUCUCUGCCGCUGAUGUUGUUUUGUAUAUACACAUACUGUACAUUGCCCUGUGUGCAGUUACUGCAUGUCCCAGUUAUCCUCUUCUCUCCAAAAGUGUGUUUGUUCUCAGUGUAAAGUUACUGGUGGAGUCAUUUUGCUUCUGCCUUAUGGGAGCUUAUAGAUCUGGGGCCCACAAAGUGAAAAUAAAAGUAGCUGUACAAACA